GCAAUGACCGGACCGACCCAAGCAAUCCAACGUCUGCCGCUGGCUUCACACACUCCCAAGAAAUAUUCCACCAGUCUCAACCGAACAACGCCCGACGGCCGGUCACUCCACAGCCAUCGACUGAUACUCCCUUGAAUACCUGGCCCAAUUGAACUGCAUACUUGACUUCUACCAUCUCGAUCUCCUCGAAUAAUAAUCAAAAUCGGCAAGAUGUCACCAUCAGCAACUGUCAACGUUGUACGAUACUCCGCGAUCACAUUUGGAAUCCUUUACGGCAUAGUUCAUAAACAAACCUUGAAAUCGAAAUACGAAGAUCUACACUACCAAGAAGAAGUUCAUAAACGAGAGAAUUGGGUCAAAGAAGCUAAACGGGCUUGGCAAUCCAGACAGCUUUCUAAUUCGGCAGGGGUAAACAACGACCCAGAUAGUCCAUCAUUCGACCUGGAAGCCUUCUUGAACCAAUUAUCGACUGCAAACCAAUGAAAGAAUUCAAACACACUUAGACGCCAUCUGAUCCAUCAAGCCGACUUCCACUUUUGUUCCCUGCUGUCUUUUAUUUGUUGUUUGGUUAUUACCUCUAAGAAGAAGAAAGAAAAAAUAAACAACUGUGCUCAACUCUCUCCUCUAUACAGUCAAUUAGACAUCGCAUUUCUCAUGACAAUCGUCACAGUUGUCGAUCUGGGUUUUUCUGCUUCCACCGUUAUCAUCAUAAAAGUGAAGCCUCACCUGUAGUACAUAUGGCUUGCCUACUCCAAAAUAUGACAAAAGGUGAAGGGUGCAGCUUACAAAUCGGUUGAUGAGCUUCUGUUUAGGGGCCCAGUAAAACAUGGUCUUCAGAUCCAAAUACAUCCAGUACUGAACACCUCACAGUCAGGACAAUUUCAAACUGCACUGUGGGUUCCAUUCCUAUCUAUAUCCCUUUCUGACAAAAUUACAUGCCAGUG